AUGAAACGCUGGGUUACGAAACGCUCCUGCCACUUUCCAAAGGCUGAUGAAAACUGUGAGGCAUACCUAGACGACAUCGUGGCUUAUUCCUCCACCUGGUCUGAGCAUUUAGAUGCGAGAGAUAUUCAGGUGCUUAAUGAGUGCCUCUUUGACUUUGAAUCUAGCGGUAAGGUGGUAGUCACCUAUUUAGGAAACCAAGUAGGGCAGGGGCAGGUGCGCCCUCUGUCAGCCAAGGUCCAGGACUUCCCUGUGCCAGAGACGCAGCGACAACUCCGCCGGUUCCUGGGAAUGUGCAGGUGGCGGUCGGGGAUUGGCCCACAGCCUGACGGCGCUGGUUUUAAAAAGAGGCUGCCUCCAGAUGCCGGUUGCCCCCCGCUUUUCCUGUCCAAUUUGUCCGGUGACAACCAUGAGUCCGGACCAACACAGAGCACAUCAGAGGAGAGGGAAAGAAGAGAAUGUGAAACACCAGAAGAAAUAGUUCAGCUCAUGUGCAAACUUAAUCUUAACCAGCAACAUAAACUCACAAUUGCUGACAUCCUGAAAGUAGACUCACAAUUAUCACAACAAAAUCAUAACCAAGCAGACAAUACCCUCGCCUAUGUAUUUUUAAAAAGGCUUUUGACCAUGAACUACCAAGCAAGAUACAUUCUCUGUAAAAUACAGACCUGUGAGCAGACACCAGUGAAACCAAAUCUUAGUGUUGUUAGUCCUUUAGAUGAAAACAGUUUUUAUGGUAUUCUCAGCAAAAUAACAAGUGCUGAUAAUGUAGCCAAAAAGGAAAACUCUAUCCACCCGAUGGAUGUUCAGAUGGCCGUGUUUCACUGUGCUGACAGGUUCCUCCAGCAGUUCAUGGUGACUAAACUGUCACAGUGUCAGUAUGCCCUGCCUCUGCUUGUGCCCAAUCCCUUCACCAAACAGAUUGAGUUUCCUCUGUGGACAUUUCGACAGAUCAAAAAGACCUGGAAGACAGCUGAGACAUUUGGUAAAGUGACCAGCAAAACUGGUCCAGUCUACAGAGCAGAGACACCAAUGGUGGCCUUCUUCAGGUUUGGCUCUGUGUCUUCAUCCAAGUCUCAGCUGAUGAAUAGUCUGAUAAAUGAAAAACACAACACAUUCUUUCACAGGCACUGCCCUGGCAGCAGUAAGACACGUCUUCUGAUGGAUGGAGUUGUUGAGAUUGCCUGGUAUUGUUCCUCUGGAAAAGACACUGAUCAUUUUACUGAUUGUGUUGCAUUCUGUAAUCUUCAUGGUGAUGCAGGAACAUGUGAGAAGCAGCGAGAGAUUCUGACUGAAAUGGCCUCAGUGAAUGUUGUCCUGUUACAUGAUCUAACAGAAAAUGACAAUAGCAUGGAUAUAGUACAGAAGCUCUUUGACUCCCCUACGCCAUUUAUUUGUCUCCUCACUGACCGUGAAUUUGCAAUAAAACAAAUUGAUGAGGGAAAGUACACAAUGGGAUUUAAAGACAGGAGUCAGUCUGAUGUGUCUGCAGACUUGAGAACAGCCAUCAAAAAGUGUCUGUCAAAAUCACAAAAAAACUUUAAAUUGGAGGAUGUUGGAGAAUGUGAAGAUAUUGUAUGUGAUGAAAAAACUGGAAAUGUUAAAGAAGGAAAGGAGACUGCACUGCAGAUAGUGACACUGCUGAAAAAAGAAGAUUUGUCAAAAAUAAAACAGAAAUAUCUGCCCUGUCAGGGUAAACUGUGGCAUGAGUGGUGUCAGAAGAACAAGGAGCUUCAUCGCCUUCAGGGGGAGGUAGAGGCUCAUAAGAGUAGCAUACAAGAAAAAAUGAGGCAACUAAGAGAGAAGCAGAGAGCUACCAGCUUCAGUGAACUCAUGGUCCUAUUUUUGACCAGUUUAGACUCUGUGGAAGCCGGUAAGAAAACAUUCUUUGUGAAAUGGUUGGAGAUCUUGCUAGAUGACUUCAGCUCUGAUAAACUCAUCGACCUACAUCAUGAGUAUAAUAAGGGGUGGUCUAGAGUGUUGGAAUUGAAGAAGAAUCAUGGUAAAUCACAACAACAAAUUAUCAGUGAACAAAACAAACUGGAAAGCUUAUCCCUCAAACUGAAUGCUGCAUUAUUUGGCCUGGAGCACAUCCAUAGGGAAAUGGGCCAGAUCUAUGAAGCCUGGGUAUCAGAAAGCAAAACAAAAGAAGAAAUUAAAGACAUCUCUUACCUUCCCAGAUUGGCAGCAGAAAUGAUGAUAUCUGGACACCCAGUGGAGCUGAUGGAUGGAGAUGCUGCACAUGUUCCUUUAAUCUGGGUCACUGCUGUUCUAGAUGAGGUCAUCAAGAGACUAGGAGACCAGAGAGUCUUUGUGCUGUCAGUUUUGGGUAUCCAGAGCUCUGGGAAAUCCACAAUGCUGAAUGCCAUGUUUGGACUCCAGUUUGCAGUCGGUGCUGGCAGGUGCACCAGGGGAGCUUUCAUGCAGCUGCUCACAGUCACGGAGGAGAUGAAGGAAGAAAAAGGUUUUGACUACAUUCUAAUUGUUGACACUGAGGGACUUAGAGCUCUGGAACUGGCUGGGAUGUCGACUCAGCAUCAUGACAAUGCACUGGCCACAUUUGUUGUUGGUCUUGGAAACAUGACAUUGAUCAAUAUCUUUGGAGAGAACCCUGCUGAGAUGCAGGACAUCCUUCAGAUUGUUGUUCAGGCCUUCCUGAGGAUGAAGCAGGUCAGACUGUCUCCCAGCUGUGUGUUUGUCCAUCAGAAUGUUGGAGACAUCACAGUGGGAGAGAAAAACAUGGAGGGAAGGAGACGCCUACAGGAGAAACUGGAUGAGAUGACUCAGUUAGCUGCUAAAGAGGAAGACUGUGAUGUCACAUGUUUCAGUAAUGUCAUUUCCUUUGAUGUACAGUCUGAUGUGAAAUACUUUGCUCAGCUCUGGGAGGGAAACCCACCCAUGGCUCCACCAAACCCAUCAUACAGUGACAAUAUUCAGGAACUGAAGAUGGAUAUUCUCUCGCGCGGAGCAAUAUCUCAGUGCAUGACAUUAUCACAAUUCAAAAUACGCAUUCAAAAUCUCUGGGAAGCACUGCUAAAUGAGAACUUUAUUUUCAGCUUCAAAAACACUCUGGAGAUUGCAGUGUACAGAAAAUUAGAAGAUGAGUAUGGGACAUGGACAUGGACUCUCAGGAGUGCCAUGCAGAACACCGAAGACAAAUUGUAUACUCGAAUACAGAACAAGAAGCUACAUAAGAUUGAAGAAAAAGAGCUUCAUGGUGAAAUGAGGGAGACUCUUAACAAAGUGGAGGAAUCAAUGCAGAAGUACUUUGAAGAGGAUGAAGAAAAGGAUAUUUUGAUUCAAUGGAGAGGCAAAUUUGAAGGAAAAAUCCAUGAAGUAAACAAUGACCUUGUGAAAAGGGCCAAAAGAAAGUUGGAAGACAUUAUAACUCAGCGGGAAAUUUGUAAAAAUUUAGAUGACAGGAAGACACAAUAUGAGGGUAAAUUGUUUGCAAAGAGCAAGGAGCUUGCAUCAAAGUUAAAACAUAAGGCCAAUGAUGAGAAUGAGUUGAAGAGAGAGUUUAGUGCAGUGUGGGGAGAGUGGGUUAAAGAACUGUGUAAAGACGCCCCUUGCAUCAAAGACAUUGACAUAACCACAGAUUUAACCAACAUCCUCUCUGAAAGUUAUGAAUCGAACUUUGUGCAUGAGAGGCAGAGCUGUGAUGAUUACAAAUCAAUUCAUUCUACCAAAGAUUACUCUAAAUAUGUUACUCUAAAACAGAGGCACAUGGCUAAACUAUGGGAACAAAAACCCUUGGAACAAUUAGAUCAAGACUCUAUAAGACAUUUAAUAAACACUGUCAUCAAUAAAGCAGUGGCCAUUGUCAAGUCAAAACGAGUUUCAGAGAAAGGCUACAAUGUCAGCUAUAUCCAGGAGAUAACGCGACAAGUCAAAGACUGUGUGAAUAAACAUGAACAUGACAACACUAAAUAUUCAUUCAAGAAAGAAUUUGUGGUGGAUCUGUUACUCCAUGUGUAUGAGCAUGCAGGAAAGAUGUUUGUUGAGCUCUUCAAGGCAUUUAAAGAGGCAAAUGAUCCAGUUGUUUACCUUGAGAAAAAGAAACCAGAGUAUUACAAUGUCUUCAGGAAAUACUGCCAAGGUGCAACAUCUGUUGUCGUGUUUGGUGGUUUAAUAUGUAGUCAACUGAAAGAACCCAUUCUGCAGAGUGUCUACAAUAAGACAACCAAUGAUUUAGCUGGAGAAAUUAGGGCAAAUUUGCCAGCAUUCAAUGGGAACAGAUCUAACCUGGAGAAACACAUUCUGAAGUCACUUGCUGAAGAAGAGAAUUUUGACAAGUUCAUGCUGUACAUCCACAACCCCAGAGAACACUUUGAGAAUUUCAUUAGAGAUGGAGUUGAACAGUUCAUGGAGGCAGACAAUCCCAAAGCUCUUACCAUGAUUAAAGGCCACAUUAAACACAAACAGCAAUGCAUAAUCACUGCAGCACAAACAGCAACAGCUCAAGUCAAACAGAAUAAAGGAGAUGCCAACAUGUGGUUGAAGAGUUUUUCAGACAGUCUCACUGAUGAACUAGAACACAGUACGUAUCGCCUUAGAGGUCAGAACUGUCAGGACAUCACUGACUUUGACCUUCUGGAAGACACAGUGAAAAGAGAGCUCCACACAGUGAUUGAAGAGCUGAACAGCAGCUUCACCAGUCUGUCUGAUCUCAACAUGGAGAUGUUCAGGGAGAGGCCUGAUGAGAUUCUGAUCAAACACUUCUCUCAGUGCUGCUGGGAACAGUGUCCCUUCUGUAAAGCCAUCUGCACCAAUACUUUGGAGGGACAUCCUGGGGGACAUAGUGUUCCAUUCCAUCGUCCAAAUGGGUUGGUAGGAUGGCACUACAGAGAAGCAUAUAAUUUUUCUAUCGGGUUUUGUACAAGUUUAGUAGUAAGUGAUGGUGGCUUCUAUCCACCACUUGAACCAAACAAGAAAGUUCCUUUUAAGAAAUACAAAUCAGCAGGUCCACCAUACUCUGACUGGAACAUCACCCCUGACGUCUCUGAGCUGCCGUACUGGAAGUGGUUUAUGUGUCGAUUUCAGUAUGACCUUGAGAACCGCUACAACAGAACUUUCCAGGCUCAUAGUGAGAUUCCUAGUGAAUGGAAGACCUACACAAAAAAUCAAGCCAUUGAGAGUCUGUAUAAAUACACCUGA